AUGGAGGUCAAGCAGAAAAUUGAUUCCUUAGUGAAAAUGUUCUUACUUAGUAAUGUGGUCCUAAAAGACGAAGAAGAUUUCAAGAACAAGUUGUCUACCAUAGUCACCGAUGGAGUCGACAACCUCCAAUACGUCGCGGACUUCGAUGACACACUCACCAAACACACCGUAAAUGGCAAAAAGACCUUCAACUCCUUCGAAAUCUUCUGCAAAACGAAGACGCUGUCUCAGUCCUUUCUCGAUCGAGGAACAGAACUGUUCGUUAAUAUGAAACCGUUGUUAAACAAACACGAUCUGACCAAGGAAGAGCAACAACAAGUGGACGAUGUGUUGGAGAAAAUUAUUGCUCUUAUUGUGGGAGAGAAAGUGAACAUCGAGGAUGUGUACGAAUGUGUAGAUCAGGUGAACACCCCUCUCAAGGAUGGAUGUAGAGAGACACUUUCUCUUCUCGCCAGUCAUCGAGUGCCAAUCAUCAUAGUUUCUGCCGGCUCGGGUGACGUCAUCAAUUACCUGGUCAGAGGCUACGGAGCAAGAGUUGUCGCCAAUUUCUAUAUAUUUGAUGAAGGUCGAAUAACUGCCUAUGUGAGGCCUUGGGUGGGGCUUUAUAACAAAAACCAACGCGCGCUGCCCGUAGACGAUGAUAGACAUAAUAUAGUGCUGUUGGGAGACCAUACUUGGGACUCAAAAAUGGCUGAUAAUGUUCCUAAUGUAAAAACAAUACUAAAAGUAGGAUUCUUCUAUGGUAAUGAUGAGAUGAAGAUGAGACGUUACCUCGAACAUUACGAUGUUCUUCUGUUGAAUGACGAGUCCACUGAUAAGAUUAACGAUAUGUUCAGGCUUUUCAGCAUUGAUGUCAGUAAUAAAACCACUCGUACCGUGACAGAUUUGAACUAUUGGAUUGAUCCAAUUCUUCCAAUAGAAGUAACGGACGAGGCAGUGUCAGUCAUGAAUUCUCGCAGAUCACCGAGCGCACCUACACAGCGAAAGGUGCCAUAUCACCACAACCUCAUCACCGACCACCCCGUCAACAAGCAGACUACCCUGGUCAAAUACCACAUCGAUGAGCUGUGUGCCAGGUGUAAAGAAUCCGUAAUAAUGGAAGGUCGGGACUCAAAAAUGGCGUGA